AUGGACGAGGCGGAGGUUGCCGAGGAGGACUUCAUGCCCUCGGCGGAGCGCGUGGAUGAGGGCCCUGGGUUGGUGGCCGAGCUCGUGGGCUGCGGACAGCCUGGUGCCGACGCGGUCGUGUCCCCGCCAGCGCCCCCGCUGCCGCCGCCGCUCACCGCGGAGCAGGAAGCGGUGCUAGCCUUGGAGGUGGGGAGCGAGGCCAUCGAGAGGAUCGAGGUGCGCCCCUGGGCGCAGCGCCUCUUCAAGGUGCUGUGGCACCUCCCCCCGCUGCUCACGAUCGCGCGCCGUGCCGAGGUCGGGGCCCCAGCUGGCGCGGCCAGCGCGGCGGCGUCGUCCGCCGGCCCGGCGGAGGCGCCUGGGCCAGCUGGCAGCGGGGUCGCGGAGACGGAGGCACAGCUCCGCGCCAGCGCGGGCUUGGCGGCGGCGGAGUCGAUGGUCAGGGGGCUGACUGCAGCGCGCCCGCAGUGUGGGCGGUUGCGCGUGGCGCAGCAGGAGAGGGCCGACGUGGAGGUGAAGGAGGGCGACCUCAUCACGUGGUACAUGGAGCAGAUAGAGGACAGCAUCCAGACGCAGGUCCAGCUCUUGGAGCAGCAGCACCUGAUCCAGGCGGUGAUCAACAGGAUGAUCGACAAGGACCGCGUCAUCGUCGUGGUGCGGCCCGCGGAGGACCCUCUGCGGCCCGAGGGGCGCGUGCUGAUCAAGCAUCCGAACGUUAUCCCAGGGGACGUCAUCGCCAGCUGA